AUGUCUGCUCAGCAGCAGCAGCAGCAGCAGCAGCAGCAGCAGCAGCAGCAGCAGCAGCAGCAGCAGCAGCAGCAGCACACCCAGCAGCAGCAGCAGCAGCAGCAGCAACAGCAGACAGCACAGCAAGCCAGCAGCAGCAGCGAGCACCAGCAGCAGCAGCAGCAGCAGCAGCAGCAGCACCAGCAGCACCAGCACCAGCAGCAGCAGCAGCAGCAGCAGCACCAGCAGCACCAGCAAGCAGCAGCAGCAGCAGCAGCAGCAGCCAGCAGCCAGCAGCAGCAGCAGCACAGACAGCAGCAAGCAGCACACAGCAGCAGCACACAGCAGCAGCAGCAGCAGCAGCAGCAGCAGCAGCAGCACCAGCCAGCAGCACCAGCAAGCACCAGCACCAGCAGCACAGCAGCACACGCAAGCAGCAGCAGCAGCACCAGCACCAGCAGCACAGCACAGCAGCAGCAGCACCAGCACCACAGCAGCAGCCAGCAGCCCAGCAGCAGCAGCAGCAGCAGCAGCAGCAGCAGCAGCACCAGCACCAGCAGCAGCAGCAGCAGCACCAGCAGCACACCAGCAGCAGCAGCAGGCAGCACCAGCACGCAGCAGCAGCAGCAGCAGCCAGCAGCACACAGCAGCACGCAGCACAGCAGCAGCACCAGCGCAGCACAGCACCAGCAGCAGCAGCAGCACCAGCACCAGCAGCCACAGCAGCACCAGCACCAGCAGCAGCAACAGCAGCAG